GACCGUCUCACAGGAAUCAAAGACACGGAUCCGGAGCCGCCGGGGCUUCCCAUCUCCUCUUUCCCCUCCCCACCCUUCGUCGGCUUCCUCGCCGUACAACCACCGCGGAACCCUAGAUAUCUAUCUAUCUAUCGAAUCAGCGAGGGGAGAAGGCGGCGUCGAGAUGACCGGCCUCAACGGCAAGCGCAAGGCCGUGGAGACCCCGCUGGCCAAGCGCCCAGCGCAGCACAAGCCCCAGGCUUCACGCCGGACCAAGCGCACCAAGGAACCGGCUCUUCCCCGGAAGCGCGAGUCCUCCACCGCUCGGGCACCGCUGGCUGACGGUCGUGAUGAAUAUGCCUCUGUCAGCUACAGCCUCCGCAACCGCAUAGUCUACGUCCCGAUCCCGAAGAAUACCAGCAAGCACAUCGUCCCUUCUACCAGCGAGCCCGCUCCCCCAGAAUCAGACUUCAGAAAGGAACCUAAGUAUAGGCAAUCGAAUCAGACCUCAACAUGUGCGCAGAUGGGUCUGGAACACUACAACAGCAUGAAUCAGGGGGAUGAGCAUGAGCUUGUUAAAGCUGUGGACAGUAAUUCCGUUAUCUUCAAUGGUGUGUGGAUACAUGCCAAUUUCCUUGCUAAGCGGAAAGGUGCUACCACCUGUCCUGAUCUUGUUCCUAAGUACUUCUUCACUGAAGUGAAAUGUGACUAUAACGGACUCUCUUGUCUCUCAUGUGUUAAGCUGGAUCCAGGAGUACCCAGAAAGUUUGGUGGUUGUGGAGUCUGUCCACCUCAAAUUAUGCAUCCUGUUGAUGGUGGAUAUCUGAGUGCACAGCCUUUUAAUCCCUCGGCCCCUCCAGGAAAUUGUGUGAUGGGAUUGUGAGUUGUGAAUCGUUGUGAUAGUAUUGAAAGUGCUACAAUCCAUAAACCAUGUGUACCGAGUUUUUCACUCUAGCAUUAGGGAUCUUACGUGUUUGUCUAGAAAUUAACGUUACUUUGCGUUAAUGUAUUUUCUUGUACUCGAGCACUUAUUACAUCUAUAGCAAUCUUUCAUAAAACUGUUUGGAUUUCAAGCAUGUGAUUUGCAGUUUUCAUUAAUGGACAUGUGAUGGAAAAAUUGUAA